AUGGAUACUUUAAAUCAGAAUGGUGCUUUUUUAGAACAUCCGGAUGCUUAUGAGGAUUUAUUAAAUCGAAAAUUGUCUUUACGAAGUAUGCGUCAAUGUUUAAAAAUGGCUGUUGAUGGGUAUGAGGAAGCUGUCCAAGAACGUCGUGAAGUUGAAGAAAUGAAAAAUGAAUAUGAAAAAAUGGAACCGAGUCAUGUUUUUAUGAACGACUAUGAUAAACGUAUUCUUGAUUUCCAUCUCGCAAGUUUGGAAUCUUCUAUUGGUGCGCCGCUUCGAACAGUUGCUUUAAAGGAUUGGGAUCAAGAUGACCUUUAUGGCUUUGAUGGUUCACACAUAACAGGUAGUUGUAAAUUUAUAAACAACGAAAAAAGGUGUACUCUUGUGUCCGUUAAUUUCCUCCACAAUCCCUAUUCUUUUAUGCACAUUCAAUUACAAAAUUAA